AUGGCCAUCAAGCAGAAAGGAGUGACGACGACGCUCCUGCUCUUCCUCGUGCUGGCAGUCGCCGUCGCAGUCGAGGCCCAGCUGCAAGACGACGAGCCUGCUACGGCCGCCGUCAGCCACGCCGGGACGAAGCGGCGCGCGAAGGCCGCCACCGCCGACGCACCGACGCACCUCCACUUCUACUUCCACGACACGGUGAGCGGCAAGUCGCCGACGGCGGUGCGCGUGGUGAGCCCGCCGGCGUCGUCGCCGUCGCCCAUGUUCGGGAUGGUGAACGUGAUGGACGACCCGCUGACGGAUGGGCCCGAGCAAGGGUCCAGCGCCGUCAUCGGCCGCGCCCAGGGCCUGUACAUGGGGUCCGACCAGGCCAGGCUCGGCUUCCUGCAGGCCAUGAACCUGGUGUUCACGGCGGGGGACUACAACGGCAGCACGCUCGCGCUGCUGGGGCGGAACUGCCCGCUCGACGCCGUCCGCGAGCUCCCCGUCGUCGGCGGCACCGGGGCGUUCCGCUUCGCCCGCGGGUACGCGCUGCUCCGCACCCACUGGCUCGACUUUGCCACCGGCGACGCCACCGUAGAGUACGACGUCUACGUCAUGCACUAG